AUGAUUAGUAGUCGUAUUAUGUUGGUUGCUGCACCAUCGGUUUUGAUCUUAAUUACAAUCAUUUCAACAGCUCCAAUACAUAAUAAUGAAUUAGUUAUGGAAAAAUUAAGUGAUAAAUCUCCUAAUACAAUAAAAACAAUAGCUGAAUUAAUGGUUUAUAAUGAUGAUAAAGAUACAUCAAAUGAAUCAAAAGAACAAAAUAUUGAAUCAACUACUCGUUUGCAAGAAGUUAUAGCUACUGAUAUUCGUGUCGUUAAUAUUACUGAAAUAUCUCUUUAUAUUGAUGAUAUGAUAAAAGCAAGUGAUAAUAUUCUUGCCAAUAUAGAAGCUGAAUUAUCUGCAAUAGCAACAACUGAAAAACUUGAAUCUUCUCAAUCAAAUCAAGAUGAUGAUGAUGAAUAA